AUGACCACGCAAAAGGAGGAAACGCUAAAGAUAAGCAACGUGUAUCUGCAUCGAGAUGGCCAACUGGAACUCAUAAAUGAGUUGGAAAAUGUCCUUAUUAGGGGAGUAUUCACAUGUGGCCACAGCAUAAAUAUUAUCCUAAAAGGGAAAGAAGGAAGUACACAUAAUACGUUUAUUGAGUUGAACAGCUCACCACUUUCGAGUUCAUCUUCCAAUGGAAAAAGCUACUUGAAUAUAUCCUACAGCGACAUAAAUGAUUGUGAAUUUUUAACUAGCGAUUUUAUUUUGUAUUCCUUGCGCAAGAGGGGAACUCCCUCUGGUGGAUCCCCACAACAUGCAAACCAUUUCGGUGACAACAACAAGGGGAGUGCUCUCCACAGGAGGGAUAUAAAAUCCACAAUGAUCCAGCGUGGGGGGGUGGCUACAUGGGGAUGCCCUGUACGAAGUGAAAUUCCCCUGGAAAAGGGGGAGAAGGCUAUAAGCCCCCUAAAGGAAAAUGCGCAAAAUUACGCAAAAUGGUUGCCUGUCAAAACGAAGAGAAUUUUUCUGGGAGAAUUUCAAUUUUACGGACUGGACGAGGAAAAUAAAAUUUUCACAUGGCACAGUGAUAUCCAUUCAAAAGACAAAAUAAUUUACAACUAUCAAACCAAAUUUGUUAAUUAUGUAAACAUUUUGGAUAAAAUAAAAAUAGUUACUGUAGCAUGUGGACAAAGCCAUGCGCUCUUUUUGUCAGAAAAUAAAAACUGCUAUGCGAUGGGCAGUAAUGACAGUUACCAAGUAUAUGCAGAAAAAGGAAAGAAAAAAAAAAUUGUUUUUUUUUCCUCCCCACAACUGAUCAGAUUGGAUCAAGAUACCAACAAAAAGGUGAAGUUCAUCGCCGCGGGAUAUUCACACAACUUAAUUUGUACUUACCAGAAUGAGGUGUAUGGAUGGGGAAAUAAUCUGCAUGGUCAGCUAUUUCUGGACGACCCCUUUGUAAAAGGGCCCACGCUUAUAUUCGACCCCAAACAAUGGCACAAUUUUAUGGUAAAAAAGAAGAAGCUUAAAAAGGUAAACAAAACGUUUACCAAGAGUUGCACGUGGACAAACCCAUUUACUGACCAUGUCGCCAACAAGGGUGGAAGUAGUAAUCCUAAAUACAAUGACGAAACGGAUAACCCCUGGCAGAUAUGCAAGAGGGAUCGACAUUCUCCACAGGAUUACCCCCAAACGGAUAAAUUUACAAAAUGCAUCGAACUUAUCAAUAGGGAUAUUCAAGCAUAUUGGAAAAUGAAAAAAUGGAGAGACAAAAACAAAUUCAAAGUUACAAAAUUAUGUUGUGGGUUUUCCUUCUCUUGUCUCCUUUUGGAGAACCAGAACUGCUACGUCGUGGGCAAGACCAAUCCCACACUUCCUAGUAAAUCGGAAAAGAUGGACACCCUUCUCAGAAUAAAUAAAAAAAAAAAAAUCGAUGAUAUUUUUUGUAAUUUUUUUAACAUCAUCCUUGUGAAUAAUUUAAAGAUAGAGAAAAUUUGUCCACAAAUUGUUCACCCCUCCUCCGACAGGGCCAUUUUUCUCCACUUGAACUUCCCCCUUAAGGAUUCUCUCAACUGCAGGAUUGGCCUUAACCAUAGGGAUGGGGCGAAUUUGGUUAGUUGCUCCUCACGGGGUGGCGACUCCCUGGAUUGCCAAAAUGGGGAAUCCCCCGCGAGGCUGAAUUUCUACCUGAGCUAUGACAAUGGAAGCGACGAGGAGGUGAACGGCGAACAGAACAGAAGCAAGGAUAACAAUGGGAAGAGCCUUUCUGGAAGUACCAACCCGUUGGACAUAUGUGCACACACACUAUGGGAAAAAAAAAAAAAAAAAAAAUAUUGGACAUCCUGCCAAUUUUACAAAAAUGAAAUGGAAAGAAAACUAUUCCUCAACUUAUACAAUGAAAAUUUAUCCAUUCACUACAGUCAAUGCAACAUCAUGAUCACUAGCUACAACGGACAAGUGUUGCAUCUCUCCCCCAACAAUUGCGCACUUAUGAAGAAUAUUAAAUUAAAAAUAAAAAUUAAAAAGGCACCCAUCCAAGUCGAAUCAGAUAACGUUUACGUGCUUUUCCACUUCACCGAUGAAUAUAAAAAUGAGGUUUUCAAAUAUAGCAAAGGGAUACUCAGGAGAUGUGGAAAUUACAUUUACACAAGGGUUCCCUCCAUCCUGUGGGGAGGCGCAACGGCGGGAAAACAUGACGGAGAUGAGGUUAAUAGUGCCACCUCCCAUGGAACAAAUUCAAACGUACAUGACGAGAACGACAUUCCCAACAGUUGUAGGGACAUACAUACCGAUGAAAACACAACGAUGAACAAUCACCCCUUCACCAAAUGCAACGUGCACUACUCACUGGGUCACAACUUCUACCCCGGCUCCCUUCCUAUCACAAUAAUAAAACCGGACAUACUCAAUAUCACCCCCAAUUUUAUUCACAUACAUGACAAUAGGCCUAUUCGAAUAAACAUGCUCCACCUCUCUAGCAACUUCGAACAUAUUUAUGUUGCUUUGAGUAAUCCCCAUCUACCCCUUAUACGCGCAAAGGCCUACUAUGACUACGAGGAGAGAAACUUCUUUUUCGCUGUCCCUCCAAUUCCUAUAGGGGUCUUCCAAAGGGCUCAGCUAGGAUUCAUAACACUACACGUAUUCGUUUCGUACAACAAUGUAGAAUACAGCCAGAACGAAGUUAUCCUCACCAUAUCGAAUGUCAAACCAGAAGGAAGUAUGAAUGACACAAAUAGGGGCAGUGGCGAGAGGGAAGGAUAA